CUACUAUGUUCAGUGGUCCAGGGCCCGGGCCAGGCUUCCUAGUUUAGUAUUCGUAUGUAAUAAGGUUUUCUAUAUCUUCAUUAUAUCCAGAAUAAUUCUUCCAUACCACUUAUUUGAAAAGCUACAUGUCUUCAUAUGUAAAGUGAUUCAUUCUUUUCACAGUUGUUAAAUAGAUGUUAACCAGGGAGCCGAUUUGUCUGCAUUAUCUUAUAUUUUUACAUUGUCACAUCUCAUCACUUGAUUGUCUUUCUAAAAUGGCCAGAAUUGUCACUCCCUGUUCUGCCCUCAUGGCAGACCUAAAGGCCACUACACAGUAGCAUUGUAUUGUAUAAACACUGCUGAGGAUUUGACUGUUUGAUUUCAAUAAAAGUUUCACCACAGUAAGAAAUGAACAAACAUGUACAGAAUUGGAUCCACAGAUUGAAAUCACUAAUGUGCUAUGUACAUUUUUUCAUAUACUCGUUUAAGGCUUGGUUCAUUCAAUCUCUUUUAGUUCUCCUUAUUUGCAGUUACAGCUUUACUCACAGAACAGCUGUGGCAUUUAUCUUAUAAUGACAACUAUUUGAUAAUCUUGACAAAAUCCAGAUGUGUGUCCUUAAUGCUGAAGUCUAGCCAUAUUUUUGAAAAGAAUUCUUUAAAAAAAGAACAAUAAUAUGCAGCAGAUGAAAGUUUUACCUUCACUUUUCAAUAGGUUUAUAUUCUCAGUGAGUGUGGGCUCAGUGCGGACUGACAAUUUUUUAGCUUAUUGCAGGUUGUUCAUGAUCACAUACAGCAGUUUUUGAUGUAUUUAUUUUUACUGAGUUUACAUAAAUGUACAGUCAAUAUAUUGAAAUAUUUUGUUAUACUUUAGCUAGUAUUAUGGAUAUUACUGCAAUGAAUUAAUCCAUGAGUUACAUAUUUCAGACAAUGCCCACUGAAAUCAAAAUGUUCCUGGGAGUCUUUCCAAUACUGCAGAGAAAAAUAGGAAUCUACUUGCAACUACAGUGACAUUGCUAGUAAGAGUGGAUUGAAAGAUAAGUAUUCUAUGUAGUGAAUGUAGAGUCAUGGUCAUUUUUUGUUGUUGUAGGAGUGACCUCUUGAGUCUUGUUUUGAUUUCAGUGAAAGCUUUGCCUCUUGCAUUCAGGAGCCUUCGUCUCCUGGUUGACAGUUGAAUUGUUCCAGUGGAAUGCAGCUGCAUGGGAGGUCAUAGUCAUGGAGGGACUGGCAGCCUCUCAACCAGCUCAAACUAGUACCAUCAAGGGCAUUAAAUAUUGAAAUGAAGGAAUACCAGAAGUCUGAACUUCCUGAGUAUGUAAAGAUAAUAGAAGUUGGGCCCAGAGAUGGAUUGCAAAAUGAAAAGGUCAUAGUACCAACUGAUAUAAAAAUUGAGUUAAUCAACCAGCUAUCCAAAGCAGGAUUGCCUGUCAUAGAAGUGACCAGUUUUGUUUCCUCAAAAUGGGUACCUCAGAUGGCAGAUCACACAGAAGUAAUGAGAGGGAUUGAACGGCAUCCUGGAGUCCAAUAUCCUGUUCUCACUCCUAAUCUUCGAGGUUUCCUUUCUGCUAUUGCAGCAGGAGCUACAGAAGUCUCAGUAUUUGGCGCAGCAUCUGAAUCAUUUAGCAAAAGGAACAUCAAUUGUUCCAUAGAAGAAAGCAUAGAAAGAUUUGAAGAAGUUGCUAAAUUGGCAAGAAGUAUGAAUAUUCCGGUGAGAGGGUAUGUAUCUUGUGCUUUGGGAUGCCCAUAUGAAGGAAACAUCAAACCAGUUAAAGUGGCAGAAGUCUGUAAAAGACUGUACAGCAUGGGCUGCUAUGAGAUUUCGCUAGCAGAUACAAUUGGUGUGGGGACUCCUGGAAGUAUGAAAAGAAUGUUGGAAGCUGUUAUGAAGGAAAUCCCACUGACAGCUCUUGCUGUUCACUGUCAUGACACAUAUGGCCAGGCUUUAGCCAAUAUUCUCACAGCUAUGCAGAUGGGAGUUAGUGUUGUGGAUUCUGCUGUUGCUGGAUUAGGUGGUUGCCCCUUUGCAAAGGGUGCUACUGGAAAUGUAGCCACUGAAGAUGUGAUAUACAUGCUUAAUGGUUUGGGGAUUAAUACGGGAGUGAAUCUUUAUAAGGUGAUAGAAGCUGGGAACUUCAUCUGCACAGCUUUAAACAGGAAAACAAAUUCUAAAGUUGCACAAGCUUCCUCUGUUUUUGAACUGUAAAUGAGGGGUUCCUUUCUGCCAAUUAAUUGCUCUUGUCAUAUCUCUUGCCUAAGAACAUUUGCAAAAGGAAAAUCAAUUGUAAGACCAUUUCAGUACAGGAAAAAUAGAACCAAGGCACAGAAUCUUAUUAUGGAAAAGAUAGCUGCAUGUGAAUAUAAUUUAAUGUCUUGUCAUAUGUUCUCUUUGGGAAACAACACAACAUUGCAAACAAGAAAUAAAUUGUCCUUCAAUACAAACUCAUUCUCGAUGCUUUUAAGAUGAAAAAAAGAUAUAUUUUAAUAUAUUUAUAUAUACUUCUGGGCAUCUUACUGUUUAAUUAAAUAGCCUUUUAGCUCACUUGAUUGAUUACAGAGGUCCAGAACAAGUGAAUACAUUGUUAAUUUUUAAUCAAGCUGACUUUUAGUUUAGUACAAAUAUUUGCAGUAGUUUAUGAGAUCCCACAUUGUGUGUGGUCUUGCCAUAAUGAGUUUUAUUUCCUUGCAUCUCUGCACUUUAUUUGCCAAGUCAAUUGUGUUAUGAACAUGAGAACCAAAUCCAAAUAUGCCAUAGAAGGUUUUAAUAAUAACACUUUUGUAUUUUUACUGUGGUUAACAUCUGUUAAGAAUAUGAAUGUCUUUAUCUAGCUCCAAGAGUUUGUGGUGAAUGGCAGUAUGCCAUAUACAAUCUAUUGCAAUCUCCCUUAUUUGUUACAUACAUUAAAUUGACUAUAAUUGCCUCUUUCAACACUUAUAUUAAAAAUCCAAUCAGGUAGUUAGCUGAAAUUGGCAUUUACAUGCAAUAUUUAGCAUAAUAUGGUGGGAUGUUUGGAUUUUUGUGCAAUGGCCACAUCUACCAGUUUCACAUUUUCAUCUAUAAUCUAGAUUAUCAUUUAUCACUUAGAAUAAAAACACUAUUUGUAAGGAUGUUGAAGACCAUGCCUGACUAGCUUACGCAGAGAGAAUCAUCUAUAAUUAAGCUCAAAAGGGAUGAUAUUGUAUCUUACAAUGCUUGUGUGUAAUAAGCUAUGUGAAUUACUACACAUAGCUAAGUAGUGAACAAUUUAAAUAGGAGUCUUCUUAAUUCUAUAUUCAAAUAAUCUGUGACAAUGCUAUAAAGUUUCAGGCUGAAUCUUUAGUAUUUUUUUAUCUGUUGGUUUUUUGAAGCCCAACUCUGCCAAGUUACGGUUGAAUCUUAGGCUGACUUUAAAAAUCCCAAAUCAGCUUUUCUUAUCCUGUACACCUGGAUUGCAGUUUAGGAUGGGUGUAGCUAGAGACUCAAAUCAAGUUUACCCAGUAACUCAGAAAUGCAGACUAA